AUGGAAGGUUUAGUCUCUACAACUGAUUCGAUUUAAACGAAUUGCAAAUUUGUAACAAGGCUAGAGAAGCUCAAGAAGCUUUUUGAUCAAAGUCUACAAAUGAAAUAAGAAAAUAUCAUAUUUUAAAACUGCAAAAACGAAAUACCCUAAUGGGUUGAUCUUUUAAAUUCCUAUAAGGAAAUUGAGAAGGCACACAAUGAGUUUAAUUUGAACAAUGUUGGUAAAAUGAAAAAAAUGGAUUAAUCUGAAAUUGACUUACUUAAUGUUGUCGUUAGUUUGUAUUGCCAUAUCCACAAACUUCAACCUCUCUUAAUGGUAAUAGUGAUUGUAAAAUUUAGGACGUAUUUGACUGGGAUUAGAUAGGAUCGAUAUUGUUCAAUAGACAUUGGAAGGUUUGCAGAAGUAAAUGGAUCGAGAAUCAAGCAACUUCUAUUGUUGAUCAUCCUUGGUCUCGAGAAGAGGAUUCUGUAUUGAGCUAACUUUACGAGAAAUAUGCUGAAUAAAAUAGAUAUAAUAAAUGGAGUUUGAUUGCCAUGGAAAUGAGCAAGAUUUGUAACUCAUCUCAUGUGAGAUUAGGCAAACAAUGCAGAGAGAGAUGGAUAAAUAAGUUGAACCCUCAAGUGGAAAGGUAUAACUGUUAUUUAAACGUUUGUUAGAGGUCCAUGGUACAAAGAAGAGGAAAUUAAGUUGUUAGUUGCAAUUCUAAAUACUGGGAAGAAGUGGUCAUUAAUUUCAAGAAGAGACUUUGAUAAUCAAAGAACAGAGAAUUGUUUGAAGAAUAGGUUUCAUACAAUAAUAAAAAGAGAAUCGUCAAAGUUUGAUAAAUACAAAACGCAAAAUUAGAAAUAAAACUAAUAAAAAUUAAGUCUGGAAGAUGAAACAAAAUUGAUUGAAUAAAUAAUUCAAGAGUUAAAAGAUGAAUCCUUUCUACAACAACAGCCUGAUUAGUGGAAUAUGGUAGGCAAGAAAUACCAUAUUUCAUAAUCAGAUCGCCUUCUCGAUAUUAUCGACAAUAGCUUUCAGAUUGCGAUAAUAAAGAAAAAUAAGAUCAAUGAAAUUAUUUGA